GUAGUUACUAUUAGCGUCCAACCGUGCGCGCGCUCUCUGGCUCUGUGCUUCCCAAUUCCAUGGGUGAAAAAUUGUGAUGCAAACAAAUGAGAUCAAUUUCAUUUUCUCCUCUCAUUUCAACAGCUCCGCUCUACAUCCCUCCAAAAUCCUUCGAUUCCCACAACAAUUCCUUCAACCCAUCAGCAGGAUCAUUCUCUUGUUCCGCCUCUAUUCCCACCAUGUCCAUUAAUUUACAGUCCCAUGCCUUCGCCGGCAAUCCCAUCAAGCUGAAAACCCCAAAAUCGGAAGACCCAUUUUCCCCUUCUUCAGCUCUCGAAUCCCUCAAUUCCCAACUUCUGGACAACACCCGGUUGGGUUCUUCCAUUAAUUUCAAGGUUUUGCCCUUCAGGAAGGGCAGGCCUCUGGCCACGUCGAGUGCGGCGCCCACUGAUGCCGCCUCGAGCUGGCGUCUGGGUUGGAUUAGCUUGCCUGAUUUCAAGGCUCUCUUUGCCAAGUCGGUGGUCGAAUUGACUGGGGAUUUGUUCGUCUAUCUGGGUUCCUUGGGUGAAGAAAAUUCUGUUUAUUGGGCUAUUGAUGUUUCGGGUGAGGAUGGUUUGGUUCCUGAACUUGGGAGCAAGCAACUAUGCUUUGUGGAGGUGCGAACUCUCAUGGUGGCCGCAGAUUGGGCGGACGCACGAGCAAUGGGAGAAUUGGCUAUUGCUGGUCAUGCUAGGGCAUUGCUAGAAUGGCACAAUGUUUCAAAAUUUUGUGGACACUGUGGUGGAAAAACAGUACCCACAGAAGCAGGUAGACGGAAGCAAUGUUCUGAUCCCUCAUGCAAGAAGAGGAUUUAUCCUCGUGUUGAUCCAGUAGUCAUUAUGCUAGUCAUUGAUAGAGAAAACGAUCGUGCACUUUUGAGUAAACAAUCACGAUUUGUUCCUCGAAUGUGGAGUUGCCUAGCUGGUUUUAUCGAGCCUGGAGAAAGCUUAGAAGAGGCAGUAAGAAGAGAGACAUGGGAGGAGACGGGCAUUGAAGUAGGGGAAGUCGUCUAUCAUAGUUCUCAGCCUUGGCCUGUUGGACCAAAUAGUAUGCCAUGUCAGUUGAUGGUUGGGUUCUUUGCAUAUGCAAAAUCACUUGAUAUAAAUGUGGACAAGGAAGAGUUGGAAGAUGCUCAAUGGCACAGUAGGGAAGACGUGAAGAAAGCUUUGACGUUUGCGGAAUAUGAGAAGGCUCAGAAAACUGCUGCAGCAAAGGUCGAGCAAAUGUGCAAAGGAGUUGAAAGACUACAGAGUUUAUCUUCAGAUUUCAAUGUCGAGAGUGGCGAACUUGCUCCAAUGUUUGUUCCGGGGCCCUUUGCAAUUGCUCAUCACCUCAUCUCUUCAUGGGUCAAUAGUGAAGGAUCAGACAUGAACAAGCCCAGAAAUUCUUUGUCCAGCUUGUAGUUUCAAGAUUGUUUUCUUUUUUUGCUUCUGAUUAUUUUUGCUUCCUAUAGUAAUUUGGACCAGGGAGGAAUCCAUUCAUUCGUUUUGGAGAUUGAUCGAUACAGCUUUAGGUUUCUUACAUUAGCAACAUUUAGUUUCUGAAUGUGGAAACAAGAAAGAUAGAGCUGAAGAGCAUUAAGAUUUAGCUAUAUCAUCUUUGUUAAAUUUCUGUUCUUCCUGUAAACUUCCCAGCAUUUUAUUGAAUGAUGAGAUUCUCUGCAA